AUGCCGACGCCGGCAGUUUUGACGGUCAAGGACGAUGCUGUGCCCGACCGUGUUUGCAAGGUCCUGGAGUUGCAGCACCAAGAGCUGUUGUCACGUUUGGACGAGUGGCUGCAAAGAGUCAGCGACACAAUCGGCAGGACGGAGCCGGAGAUGACGUUGCAAACGUCCAAUAGAUCCCAGAUUCGUUCCCCCGCCAGCGCUGAGCCGCUCCCGAAGCAGCUUCCCCGGCAGCUAUCGAGGAGCAAGACCCUUAGAGUCAAGGAGGUCGGCGAAGGUGAAGAAGGUUUGGACAGCUAUGAUUUGGCUCGGCAUCAGGGCUCGAAAGUGGAUAUGUUCAAGAAGCUGAAAUCCGAGGAGGCGAACUUGGCCAAGUCCGAGGAGCAGACCACGCAGUGCGGCAUGGUGCAGACUUGGUGUUUAAGGAUCGUCAAGUCAACAGUAUGCGAAAUCUUCUUCGCCUUGAUGAUCGUCACCAACUCCGCCUACCUUGGCGUGCAGCUAGAAUGGAGCUCACAGAACAGAGACAGGACGGCUGAACAGCAAAAUGUUUUUCUCGUUAUCAAUGUGAUCUAUGCCGUCAUUUUCCUCAUUGAGGUUUGCCUGCGCCUAUUGGCUAGCGGGCCCAGAAUCUACUUCAUGGCUCCUGGCUGGUCCUGGAAUUGGCUCGAUGUUUUCGUUGUGACGUCAACGUGGGUAGAGCUUGCCGUUGGCUUCUUCUCUGUUGAUGGUAACGAUGGUGGCCUGUCAAACAGCAACCUUCGGUUGCUGCGCGUGAUCAAGGUCACAAGACUGGCCCGUGUUCUUCGAGUUCUGCGUGUUGUGCAGUUUGUGCGGCCAUUGAGGACGCUCAUGCACUGCCUCGUGGACACUACCAAAUCCUUCGUCUGGUCACUCAUGCUUUUGGUUCUCAUGAUGUACGUCUUCGGCCUGCUCUUCACAGACGCCGCCAUUGACCACAUGCGGAUAAUCGGAACUACGGAUCCAGAUAUGGACAGGCUGUUUGGAACUGUGCCUUCUUCUAUUUCGACGCUUUUCCGCUCCAUUUCGAAUGGCAUGGAUUGGGGUACUGCCGCAGAUAGCCUCACAGCGAUUGACCCAAUCUGGGCACAACUGUUCAACUUUUAUAUUGCAUUCAUAAGUUUCGCAGUGUUAAAUGUGAUGACUGGCGUCUUUUGUAAUUCAGCCAUAAAGGCUGCCGAGCGUGAUCACGAGAUGGUCAUCCACUCGCUAUUGCAGAGCCGGAAGGAAUUCAAAGAUUUGGUGUCGAAUCUUUUCCAAAAGAUAGAUGACCUGGGCCUUGGGAUGAUCACAAUUUCUGAGUUCGAACGGCAUUUCAACGACGAUUCCGUGCGGGCCUUCUUUGAGUCGCUGGAAAUGGGCGCUGUUGACGCAUGGACCCUAUUCGCAAGCUUGGAUGCCGACGGCGACAAUGUCAUCAGCUUAAAAGACUUUACCGAGCGAUGCAUUCAGCUACAUGGUCCUGCAAGAUCAGUCGAUCUGUAUGCGUUGACGCAGCAGAACGUCAAGCUUCGACAGCAGCUGCAAGCUAUUGAAGACCUCCAGCUUCAACUUGAUGAUUACGUCCGUUCGCGGCCGCGACUGCGCGAGGGCUUGUUGGGCUCCUCAAAGGAGGAGAUGCAGCCGGCAGUGUCGGACUUUCGAGAUGCGGAUGGGACACAUUGUCGAGUAUGA